AGGAAAAGGAAAAAGGAGGAGGAGCGCACGGUACCCUGUAGCAUGGCAGGUGAAGAGGACUUCUUUUUGGAGGAGAAAAGAUUCAAGCAGUACUGUGAAGACUUUGUUAAACAUUCACAGCAGAUAGGAGAUGGUUGGGAGUGGAAAGCCAGCAAGGACCUUGGUGAUGGUUAUCUUAGUAAGACACAUUUCCAAGUAAGAAACAGACACAUCCCACCAGACCUCAAGGAGAAAAACAAUGGUAACACUGAAGAAAUGUUAUUUGCACAUGUAGAAGAGCCCUCGGAUGACUCUCAGGCCGCCGGCGUUUGCGGCACAGAAGAAGUGGUUCGCUAUGAGUACCACGUCCUGUACUCCAGCAGCUACCAAGUGCCUGUGCUGUAUUUCAGAGCGUGCUUUUUGGAUGGAAGGCCUUUAAGUCUGGAAGAAAUAUGGGGAAGUGUUCAUGCAUCCUACCAGGCUCGUCUGCAGGAGGGGCCCUGGGACACUAUUACACAGCAGGUGAGAAUCCUCUGCUCCUUCGGGAAACUGGGAAAUGCAAUAUAUGCCUGGAUCCUCAGUGGCCUUACCCCUCUCUUGGACAGAAGGAAAAAAAGAAUUAAAGUAAUAAAAUAUGUACGUAUGUCUGUAUCAUGUUGUGCUGAACCAUUUACCAGCAACAGUUUCAGUCCUGGAUCUUGAUGGAUGUAUAAGUGUUUAUGAUUUAAGGCUUGCUUUGACAGUACCUCAUAUUUAAAAUACUUCUCCAAAGCCAGUCCUCUGAAAUUCAGGCAGUUUCUGAGUAAUUGUGAAUUUGGGUAAACACAAAAGCAGACUUAUUUACGUAAAUAAAACAUAUCAAUGUAGCAUUUCACGGAUUGUCUGGUAAUCAAAUUACCAAAAAAGACUGUGUGUAAUUUUCAGUUUUAAAUAGGCUUGUGGUGUUCAGGACUGAACAAGGGAAAAUUGGUUUCCUAUCCAAAAAUAAGUUGGUGCUGUCUAAUAGUGCCACAUGGCUCAGAGCUGAGCUGCUUGCUCUGGUGUCUUCCCUUUGCUCCAGGUCUCAUGAGUAAAUCUGAUGGAGAAUUGAGACUCUCCAGGUGUUAGUUCCUUUCGCCAUCAGACCAAGAUACCAGCGUGUCCUCCGCUGUUUUUUUUCCCCUUCCUCCCUUCUUUUUUGGAUUUUAGCUGUUUCCAUGCCACAGCAGCGUGACAAGGAUGUAACAUCCACCGAGUCCUACAGGUGCUCCCUUAAUUCAAAUAACACAGUUUAAUUACAAGAUGCCUGUUUGGAGACGGUGCUCAGCCAUGGGAACACGAGCAGCAUUCUUGUUUUUGCAGCCACAGACUAUUAUUUAUCUUGUAACAGCUUCCUGAGAACCUACCAAGCCAUGGGUGUCCUGGUGAUUGCUUGUGCAUGUCUGAGUUCCAGUUGUGAGCUGGCAGGUUCUUACAAUACACACUUUUCACAUGGAGCAUUAAUUACCUGGCUCGUCUGUGAGUGAAGAUGAGGAAAUUGGGUUUUAAUAACAUAAUGUAAUCAUGUGACACUACUGAGAAUAAAGCAUAAACGGGA